CAUCGCCCUCGUAUUUUUGGCGGGCUAAGGAUACUGAACAAUUUAGGGCUUUGCGUAGAUCGUCCGUCUGCGGAGACAUUUGCGGUGCUGACAGUGAGAAUAUACUUCUAAUUUGCUAAUAAACUACUCAGAUUUGUGCUUUUUAUUACGAAUUCUUGUGUUUAGUCGGAGAGAUAUUAUCGUUUUCCAAGAUGAAGAGUGUGGUAUUUUUUGCGGUUUCGUUUAUUGUCAUCGGAGCUGGAGUAUCAGUACAGACUCAAACUACGGAUACUGUUCGCCUGUUCACGAACCUGUUUGCUAACUACUCUAAAGACAUCCGACCUGUUGAGCGAGCCUCACAGAGUAUCAACGUUUUCUACGGAAUGGCCAUCAGGCAGAUCAUCGACAUGGAUGAACGGAAUCAAAUUCUUACUACUAAUGUGUGGCUGAGACAGGGCUGGAGCGAUGCCAAUCUUAAAUGGAACCCCGAUGAUUACGGCGGAAUUACCAAGAUCAACAUCCCUUCUUCCAAUAUCUGGAAACCCGACAUCAUUCUCUACAACAACGCCGACAGCUCUUUUAAGGGAGCCAUGAAGACCAACGCCGCCGUUUCCAACGAUGGCAUCGUCACCUGGUUCGCUCCGGCUAUCUUCCGCAGCUCCUGCAAGAUCAACAUCAACUACUUCCCCUUCGACAAGCAGGAAUGCACCCUGCAGUUCGGAUCCUGGGCCUACACCACGGAGCACCUGAAUCUCCUGAACCGCUCGGCCUCGGGAGACACUGACAGUUUUCUCGUCAACGGCGAAUGGAAAUUGGAAGAUUUCCCCGUGAUCCGGACCCUGCCGCAGUAUGGCUGCUGCAAGUACCCGUACUCCGUACUCGAUUUCGUGCUCAUUAUCAGGAGAAGGUCGUUGUUCUACGUCAUCAACAUGCUGGUGCCUUGUAUCUUGGUGUCUGCCCUGACUCUCCUCACCUUCUAUCUGCCAGCUGACACCGGGGAGAAGUUCACCCUCUGCAUCACCAUCCUCCUGUCUCUCACUGUCUUCCUCCUCCUGGCCGCGGAGACGAUGCCGCCAACAUCCGAAGUGGUGCCCCUCAUUGCCCAGUAUUACAUCACCACUAUGGUCCUCGUGUCCGCUUCAACUGUCCUCACAGCAAUCGUGCUCUACAUACACCACCGCGGGACGUACGUGGGUAGGGCGCCCUCUUGGUUCCGACGAUUCACACUCGAUUACCUGGCCAAGUUCAUGUGCAUGGGUGACUGUCAUAAUCCGGAUGUCAAAGAUAAGAUCCCUAAAAUCAACUUCGAGAAUGCUUCAGGAAGCAGUGGCUCAUCCACAGGGGUCGUUGAAGCCGGUCUUCAUAGCAACGAGAUGCCCCUCGAACUCGAUGUCGCGAACCUGCCGACAUCGCAGUCGAGCACGUGCGUUCAGCUUGAUCGCCGUGGUCGUAUCCGCUUCAUCAUGUCCCAGAUCGCCUCCUGUCUUCAGCAAGUCGUCGAACAUUCAGAAGACGCCAUCGUCGAUGAAGAGAUCAAGGGAGAAUGGAUGCGGAUCGCGUUCGUGGUCGAUCGCUUCUUCAUGUGGUUGUUCGGUCUCAGCACCGCCGUGGCUACGUGCGGUGUUUUGCUUCAGGUUAAGGAAUAAUGUUCACCCAUCUCUCUCUCUCUCUCUCUCUCUCUCGCUCUCUCACGUUCUCUCUCUAUCUUUCUAUAUCUCUCUAUUCAUUUUAAGAAUAGUCUCGUAAGGAUUUCAAGAAAAUUCCAAUGACAAUUCUUUUCUUUUUUAAUAAUAGGCUCUCAUCGUAUUACUACCUUCUUCUAAUCUGCUUAAAGUUGAAUUGAUCUGUGCCUAUACAAUUUCCAUAAUUUUACUUAAUAUUCAUUCUUUAUGAUUACAAAAUGCUACAUCAUGUUCAAAUUCGUUUUCAACCUCAACGUAAAUUGAUCAAACUAUACGAAAACGUUUCAAAACAAUACACCUUUAUUUACUUAGUUAUAUGGUGGAUAUACUCUACAUAUAAUGCAUUUCAUUAACAGGAUUUUUUUCAUGGUAAUAU